CUCAGCUACGUGAGCUGACGAGGCUCUGAAGUCCACGUAGGACUGAAUUUCGAACUAUUUAUGUAGGGCUCAGUGCCUGAAAAGAGCUCAGUUUCACAAUGUCAGCCCAAAAGUUAUUGUUCAUUGCCCUGCUUUUUGUGAUGAUGGCAGCGGGCUUGAGUUUGCCCAGUCAAUCCCCGAAUGGGACGAACACCUCGUCGGAGAGAAGGCGGCUGAUCAAGGAUUUUGUGGCCAAAGUUCAGGAAUUAAUCAGCAUAUUAAUGAAGCAACUGCAACAACUUGGAGCCACAAAAUAGUAUUUAAAUAUGAAAUAUUCAAAUGAAAACAUUUUUUAA